AUGCCAACAUUCACGAACGACGAGGUCUUCAAAUAUGCUCACCGCAUCUUCGAGGACAUGACCUUCCUCCAGGAUGCAGUCACGAACAACAUGUCCGGCAAGGAUUCGAACGACCCGGUCAGGAAGGAAUACCACCACCUCCUGACCGAGCUCUGGACAGCCCACAACAAGCUCGGCAGCCAGGUCGCAAGGCUCAAGACCGCGUGCGAACAGGCCGAGGCCGAAGACAACGAGCACGCUACCAACAACAACAACAACCCCCUCAACCACGGGCACAACUCAUCCAGCACCAGCACCACCGCAGUCGACGGCGAGGCUUCCCCCCGUUACGAGCCCACCUCCCCCCACGAUAGGCACACGCACGACCCCGCCUCCCCACUCCCAGCUCGCUCGCCCUCGCCCGUCUACCAGCCAACGUCCCCCAAGUACGACCCGGCCUCGCACGCGGACCAGCAGCAGCCGACCGCGAGGCCCUGUUACAGCAUCCGUCUACCAGUGGACCACAAGGACUCCUCCGGCUCCGGUUCCGGUUCCGGCUCCCGCCCCCGCUCCCGCUCUGGCUUCGUCGACCUCACCACCACCACCACCACUCCCCCUCCUGCUGGCGCCGCCCGUCCCCAGCGGCCGCUUGUCACCACCACGAUCGCGACCGGUCGCGCUCGGGACAGCGUUGGUCGCUUCGCUAAGGGACUGGAGGAACUGGAGGAGGAUGAGAAUGAGGAGGAGUGCAAGAACGACGACGAUGAGGAGGCGAUCCAGUUCUUGGGCUGCCGUCCGGCCAGCCGCAAGCGCCGGGCGUCGGCUGUCCAGUCGUCGUACGACCGCCGCGGUACGCGGAGCGGCUCUGUCAGGCGCCGCUUGUUUUGA